AUGAAAAAAUUAUUAAUCGUACUCAUUUUCUUAGUAUACAUUGCAAUAUACACCACUGCAUUGCCAAUCAUACCAAUUAACCAGUCAGAUUCGUCCGAAACCGGUAAAAGUUCUCAAAACGAUAUAUCAACUGAUGUACCUGAUCCAACAAUUGUAUCAGAAAGAGAUGCUUUAGAAAAAAGAGAACCGAUAGAUUUCACUUCUUUCAAUCCGGCAAGUGAUAACGCCCGGUGA